UGCAGAUUUUGGACCUCUGAACUUGGCAAUGGUGUACAGAUACUGCUGCAAACUAAACAAGAAACUGAAAUCAUACAGUUUAUCAAGAAAGAAAAUAGUGCACUACACCUGUUUUGAUCAACGGAAAAGAGCAAAUGCAGCAUUUUUGAUAGGUGCUUAUGCCGUAAUCUACUUAAAGAAGACACCAGAAGAAGCCUACAGAGCGCUCCUCUCAGGCUCAAACCCCCCCUAUCUUCCGUUCAGGGAUGCUUCCUUUGGAAAUUGCACUUACAAUCUCACCAUCCUCGACUGUUUGCAGGGAAUCAGAAAGGGAUUACAACAUGGAUUUUUUGACUUUGAGACAUUUGAUGUGGAUGAAUAUGAACAUUAUGAGCGAGUUGAAAAUGGUGACUUCAACUGGAUUGUUCCAGGAAAAUUUUUAGCAUUUAGUGGACCACAUCCAAAAAGCAAAAUUGAAAAUGGCUAUCCUCUGCACGCCCCUGAGGCCUACUUUCCUUACUUCAAAAAGCAUAACGUGACCGCAGUCGUGAGGCUGAACAAAAAGAUCUACGAGGCCAAGCGCUUCACCGACGCCGGCUUCGAGCACCACGACCUCUUCUUCAUCGACGGCAGCACGCCCAGCGACACCAUCGUGCGGAGGUUCCUGAACAUCUGCGAGAACACGGACGGGGCGAUCGCGGUCCACUGCAAAGCUGGUCUUGGGAGAACAGGGACGUUGAUAGCCUGUUAUGUCAUGAAACACUACAGGUUUACACACGCGGAAAUAAUUGCUUGGAUCAGAAUAUGCCGGCCAGGCUCCAUUAUAGGACCCCAGCAGCACUUCCUGGAAGAAAAACAAGCAUCAUUAUGGGUCCAAGGAGACAUUUUCCGAUCCAAACUGAAAAAUAGACCAUCCAGUGAAGGAAGUAUUAAUAAAAUUCUGUCUAGCUUGGAUGAUAUGUGUAUUGGUGGAAACUUAUCCAAAAUACAAAACGUGGAAAGAUUUGGAGAGAAUAAUUUAGAAGAGGAUGAAGACGUGGAAAUGAAAAACAGUAUAACCCAGGGAGACAAACUACGUGCCUUAAAAAGUCAGAGACAACCACGCCCCUCAGCACCCUGUGCAUUUAGAUUGACUUCUUCCCCACAAGGAUCUGCAUCUACUUUGAAGGCCGUGAAAGUGGCUCUGUCCCCCUCAGUGACGGCCAAGAGGAUCAACAGAAGUUCUUUGUCCUCAGGUGCCAGCGUAAGAAGCAGCUUUUCCAUAAACUCCCGGCUAGCCAGUUCUCUAGGCAACCUGAACUCUGCAACAGAGGAGUCGGGGAACAGAAAGGCCUCCUUGUCCUCCGAGGCGGCUUUCGCAGCCAGCCCGUUCACCAGCCUCCUGAAUGGCAGCCCCCACACGCCCGCCCGAAACCCCCCGGAGCUCAACAACAACCAUCAGUACAGCAGAAGCAGCAGCACCCGCGGGAGCACGGCGAGCGGCCCGCCCAGCGCCCACGGCGCCAAGCCGGAGGAGCACGCCGCCGGCCUCUGGCCCGUCUACACCAGCCUCUCUUCCUCCUCCGCGAGGUUCCUGAGCCGGUCCAUCCCCUCCCUGCAGUCAGAGGACGUUCCUUACUAAGGCCUUGCCGCGCCGACGAAGGCUGUUCCAUUCUUAGAAACCGUGUCUUCAUCUGGACGAGCAGUGUAAAGAGAAAGCCCUGCUGUUGGAGGGAUAUUUCUGCCUUCUUCCCUUAAAUUAAGGAGAGCACUCACAUAAGACCGUCCAGAGACUUGAAACCAGGAAAGUCUGGUUAAUGACUACUAUAAAUGCACUGAAACCAUGUUUAUGCAGAUGUCAACGCUUUUUAAGACCGUUGUAAUGUUGAACUUGGUAUUUUGAAAGGUUAUUUUUAAUGUAUUUCGGUAAUGCAUUUGUUACUACAUUUACAUGUACAGUGUUACAUUAUGUAUGUAUUGUGAACUUUAAAAGACUAUUUUGAUAAAUUUAUAAAUCUAUAAAAUUAUGUUAAAACUAGACUCUAUUUUGACUUAGAUUUUCUUGUCGUUUGCUACCAAAACUUUGUAUUUUGAAUUUGUUUAGUAUGGCUUUGUCUACGAUGAAUAAAUAGUUCCUCUUUAUUAAGAAAAAGCAAGGGAGAAAGUUUUUAGAAAGUGAUUUGUAUGUUCCCACUAUGCACAGGGCCGAUCAGUUCGUUCUGUUGGGAAGUCAGUCUAAUAUAAUGAGUUUACGCAAGUUUAUCUCUGGCAAGAGGAUAAUCGUUUGAUGUGGCUUGUUGAGACUGUUUCCUUUCCCUUUGUUUUUGUUGCUGAGCCAUUGAGUUUCACAUCCUUGAGGGGCUUUAACAAAAUUUAACAUCAGCUGAAGAUCAGAAUCCACUAAAUGUUUCUCCCGAAAACACAGUUUUUCUCUAUGAAAUGACAACAUUCCAAAUGCUUUUAUUCCUUUCCUCCUCUCGAAAGAGUUCUUACCCCAGUUAGACUAUUUCGCUUUGGGUACGAGGUUGUUGUUUGUAGCCACACGAAGUCUGGCACCGAUUUUAAGUCAAUGAAGAGAAAAAACUGAAAAAGAUGCUGCUGCUAACUGGUUCUCUGUAUGAAAGGAGAUACGUUUGUAACAGACUGCAAGCACCUAAGACACAAGCCAGCAUAUCAGAAACCGAGUGUGGAAAUGAAGGGGCCCCUGACAGGUGCUCACAGCCCUUUCACGUGAGUGUCCGCUGGCAUCGGGCCUCAGAAGCCCGGGGGCCUCUUUUCUGGGAGGAGUCGGGGAGCCUUAGGUUCUGAUUGUCUUCCAUGCUGCUUAGGAAUGGACUUCUCAGACAGUUAAGUGGGUCCACAUGAAGUGCUUUACUCUCAACUGCUGAGUUAUUUAUAAGUAUUUAUUAGGAGGGGGCAUCUCGAGGCUUCGGCGAAACAUCUCAUUCAUGUUUUACAUUUUAAAAAGGCAUUUGAAUGAAUGUUUGGCUCGGAUUCAUUACCUAAGCUUCAGUCACUGCAGUACCAAAUAAUUGCACUAAGCGGAUGCAAAAAGUGAAUUGUAUGUUUUAUGAAUCAAAAAUUAAGUAGAAUUAAAUUGUAUACCUUUUCUAAAGCUGAAAGAGUAAAAUAUUUUAUUAUGAGUUAUUGUAAAAAAAUGACUGGUUAGUUGUAUAGGAAGAUGAUAGUAUUUUAAAAAAUCAGUGAAAAGUAAUUCAGAUGACGUUUGAAAAGUGAGGGAAAGGGAAUCAUAUUGGCAGUUUUAGUUCUGUGAACAUUAAUUUGUGUGCAGCUAUUGAAAUGAUUGUAAAAUGGACUACUAUAAAAAUUUCCAUAAUUAUGUUGUAUAUUAGUCCUAUGUAUCGACAUGGGUAUGUCUCAGAAUUAUUUGUACACAUGUCCAUGCAUAGACAAACCAAGAAGUGUAUGUAUAUAAUAUAGAAAGUAUAUAGCAAAGUAAUUCUACUCAGAAAACAAAAAAAUUGUUGACAUGUAUUUUGUUAUGAAUAGUUUACCUUCAAAAGACAAUUUGUUCUAUUUUAAAGUGUAGAAAAAUGCACUGCUAAUAAAUAAUAAAAUUUUAUGCAAUUUAUGUUUCCCCUGACUUUUAUAAUUUGGAUUUUGCGUUAUCAGUGUACUGAAAUCUUUUUAUAAUUUUAUAUUUGAUCCAAUCUGAUUGGUGCCUUUCAAGUUUCUCAAGAUCUCCAUUCUGGAUUUUUAGUUUAUCUUUUAUUGACUCUCCAGGUUGUGGCCAUUUUUUGAAGUAUAUGACAAUGAGCACAAAGAAAUCUCAUACGUUGCUUUUCACAAAAGUCAGAUAAUGUCAGGCUCCUGCUCUCUUUCUCUCUCUCUCUCUAAUUUUCCUUUCUGUUAAUAAAACGCUGAUUGCGAUCAGA